AUGGUCUUCUCCGUCGUACCCGGAUGCAACAGGCCCUCCUUCCCCCUCGCGGAAACCCUCCUCCAUUCCCUCAAGGAGAGAUGCUCUUCUUUGAAGGAACUGAAGCGGGUUCACGCCCUGGUCAUCACCGGCGGGCUGGAGACGGAGACUAUCCUCGUCGGAAAGCUCUGCGCCGUCGCUGCUGCCGCCGGCGAGCUGAGCUACAGCCGGGUCAUCUUGGAGAAAGCAACCCCCGAGAGGAACAGGUUCGCCUGGAACAGCCUCAUCAGGGGCUACGCGAACAGCGCCCAACCGAGAGAAGCUCUCCUGCUCCACCGCCGGAUGCUUGCCGGCGGCCUACUCCCCAACGAGUUCACCCUCCCCUUCGUCUUCAAGGCCUGCGCCGCCGAGUCCGCUUUCCAGGAGACGCUCCUGAUCCACGCCCUCGUCGUCAAGCUCGGAUUCGCCGCCCAGGUCUUCGUGCAGAACUCCCUCCUCCACUCUUACGCAGCCUGCGGUUCUCCCUGGCUGGCCCGGACCCUGUUCGACGGAAUGCCUUUUCGGAGCAUCGUCUCCUGGAACUCGAUGAUCGGUGGCUACUCUCGAUCAGGGCACUGCCGAAGCGCCUUCGGCUUGUUCGAGGAGAUGCGACGGCGCCGCCUGGCGGCGGACAAGUUCACUCUGGUCAACCUCCUCUCCGUUUCUUCUCAGACGGGGAGUCUUCGAUCGGGUAGGCUCGUGCACCACCACAUCCUGGUUCAUGGAGCCGAAGUUGACCUGAUCCUGGAGAACGCCCUGCUGGACAUGUACGCCAAAUGCGGCGACUUGCGGUCGGCUCUGACCAGCUUCAACCGGAUGCUCGAGCGAGAUGUCGUCACCUGGACGACGAUGGUCGCCGCCCUCGCCGUCGACGGCCAGAUCGAGCAGUCCCGGUCCCUGUUUGACCAGAUGCCUCGCAGAAGCGUGGUCUCCUGGAACGCCAUGAUCUCCGGCUAUGUAAGGCGCGGCCUGUGCCGUCGGGCUAUGGACCUCCACCGUCUGAUGCUCUCCUCCUCCGGCGUUGAACCCGACCAGACGACGCUCGCCGCCGUGCUCUCGGCGUGCGGCCAGCUCGGCGACUUGGUCGCCGGUGAGGAGCUCCACCGCUACAUCCGCCGCCGGAAGGACCUACUCCCGGGGGUGACCCUCUGCAACUCCCUCGUGGACAUGUACGCCAAAUGCGGCCUCGUGGACAGGGCGUUGCACCUCUUCGCGGCCAUGCCCGUCAAGGACCUGGUCUCCUGGAACGUGAUGCUUGGCGCUCUGGCGAUCCACGGACGGGCCACGGCGGCGCUCCAUCACUUCAGUGAAAUGCUCGCCGGAGGUCUCCGCCCAGACGGCUUCACCUUCGUGGCCCUGCUCUCCGCCUGCAGCCACAGCGGCCUCCUCGACACAGGGCGGCGCAUCUUCAACGCCAUGGCCGAUGUGUUCAGAGUGCCGAUCGAAAUCGAGCACUACGCCUGCAUGGUGGAGCUUCUCGGGCGAGGAGGGCGGCUGCGGGACGCGGCGCAGCUGAUAAGCGCCAUGCCCGUCAGGCCCGACGCCGUCGUGUGGGGCGCCUUCCUCGGCGCCUGCAAGGCUCGCGGCGACCUGAGGGCGGCCAAGCAGGCGCUGAAGCAGCUGCUGGAGGUGGAGAUGGAGCCGAGCGGCGGAGGGCCGUUCGUCCUCCUCUGUAACGCCUUCGGCGAGGCCUGCCGGCCGGGGGACGCGGCGAACAUCCGGAAGCUGAUGGAUGAACGGGGGACCAGGAAGGACGGGGCGACCAGCUCCGUCGAGGUCGACGGCCAGGUUUAUGAGUUCAUGGUAGAUGACAGGAGGAACACCAUGACGCCCGAUAUAUAUUAUGUGCUGGACUGCAUAGCCAUUCAUCUCCAAUCUACAGGUCCCAUGCCCAGCAUGCCACUGGACCCUUCUGCUCAUCACCGAGAAGGCUAA